AUGUCUGGCAGUCCUGCUUCCAGGGACACUGGGAGAGAGCUAGCCUUUCUUGGAGAGACAGCGCUCACCAACGACCAACGACUAAGGGAGCCAUAUCCAUCCUCAUACCAUCCAGUCAACGACUCCAACAUAGCUACGAGGAACUCUGUUGAGCUUGCAGGCAGCGCCAGUCUUGGUUCUGAUAGAGAGGCUGAGCAAGAAGCGGCCUGUUCUGUACAGCCACUAGUCGCCAAUGAACAAGAGCCAUGCGAGCUAUGCUUGUACACGACACGCCCUAUACAGGACGUGGAAACAGUGGCAGAGGCCAAAGACGAAGUCUCAAGCAACGCGGAUCUCAAUCCCGAUGGAGAUGUUGAAUAUGAGCACAAAUAUUUGUCCGAAAAUUCCGCCGUUCUGCUUACCUUCGCUAUCUUCUUCAUUGCUGCCACCAUUGCGCUUCCCACUAUGUUUUACCUCUCUUGGAAAAACAACGGCCUCGCGGAAACACGAGAGGGUCUCGUUUAUCUCUGGCGUUUCGGCCCAACUGCAGCCCUUACGCUUAUCUCCACGUUCUGGUCAAGGGUAGACACCCAAGUCCAGAGAUACAUGCCGUGGGCCGCCUACCGUCAUGGUUCCCCGUCAACCAGGAACGCUGACGACUACAACCUUGACUACUCAGCAAUGAUGUUACCAAAGGUGCUGAUUCAGGCCGUGAAAAGAAGACACUACUUUGUCUUUCUAGUCGUCAUCAUAUCAAUUUCCCUCAAAACUCAGAUUGUCCUUGCGCCUGAUUUAUUCAGCAUUAAACCAAUCAACGCUACGGACGCAGUCAACAUCCAGGUUUUGAACUCACUCAACACUAAUCUGGCCAUCAAAUACGACACUCUUGUGGCAGACCAUAUCUCUCAAGAUAGUAGUCCAUACCAUAUGGCGCAAGCCGUUGCCAAUUUCCGUAUUGAAUACCCAUUCGGCGUCACCGGCAACAUUUCGUACCAGACUUUCAAAAGUUGGAAUGGCUCUCGAGGUACUGUCGAUGCCCCUAUCGAGGCUAUCGUCGACGGUUACUUCACAGAAACGCAAUGUCUGAAGUUGAAAAAUUACUCUUACUCGGAUAUUGAACCAUACGACAGCGAUUCUUUCCGGUUAGGUUCAAUCCAGGAUCUGACACUUCGCUUUGAUGAUUGUGAGCAGCCGUUGCCGUUGAUUUCUUCAUCGCCUAUCAUGCUGAACCUUGCAGCAGUACUCUGCACUUCUGGCUCUUGGAUAUCGAGAGUGAAAGUCAUCGACAAUGGCAUGAUACCUUACUUUCAAUCGCUACCAGACGAGAUCAGAACCCCCGUUGUUACAAAUAUUUGGGAUUUUAUGGGUGCUUCAGUACCCUCUAAUACCUGGAAUACGUCAGUCGUCAAUCGCGUGCUGGGUCCGGUUGCUACUGCUCACGACUUUUUCGGUACCUUGCAAGGUAUCAAUGGCUUGGAUGCGGCAGACUCUUCACUAUAUGAGAAUGAGGUACUUUACCAUUCAGCCAUGAAUAUGUCUAUUACUAUCAGCAAGCUCAUGGUCAAUAAGUGGACAUGCUUGUCAAUGGCGAUGAUAUCUGCAAUGACUACGCUAUUGCUUACUUUCGUUCUCCUCUUCUUCAGAAUCAACACAAAGAUUUGGUACAGAGACCCUAUGACAAUCGUUGGCAACUUGCUUGUCCUCAGAGAUCAGAGGAGCCACGCAGAAGGAGCAUCGACAUCCGCUCCUCGGCUCAAAACCUUUGGGCCGAAAUGGGGUACCUGCGAUUUUUUGCCAUUCGUACUACAAACCUGGGCGCGGGUGACCUUUGUUGUCUUGGUCGUCGCCAUAGCAAUAGGCCUCGGGUACACUCAAUGGAAGUCGGAAACUUCGCCAGGAACAGCAACGAUCUAUGACGAGGGGAGCCCCAAACGAUUCUUGUGGACUUCUCUCCCGGCACUUAUCAUGCUAUGUGUCGCCUUGUAUAUCGACUCAUGCGACUCUACAUACCGAGGACUGGCUACAUUUUCGACCCUCUCGUCAACACCAUGCAGAGGUCCAGAGCUUGAGGUAUCGUUUCUCGACAUGCUUGGGAUACGGGCCAUUUUACACUCAUUUCGAGCCCGGGUUGGGAUUGUCACGCUGACCCAAUUUCUUUCCAUCAUCUUCAUCUUCACGGUGGAGACUGUAUCAGUGCCCAGGACGAUACAACUACAACACAAGACCUGGUUUGGGCCCGCUCAGGCUGAAGACGACGGCGGAAAGCAUUCUUGGAGAAGGGAGAUCCUGAACAGUCUUCUCCUUCACCAGGGCGAAGGAUCAUUGACAUACCCCGAGAAUACUUAUGAUGACAUUGUAUUCCCAAUCCUCGGUGACAUCCGUCAAUCGAGUCUGCCCGACAACACAUCCGUCAAGGUCAAUAUUUCAGCGGCCAAGCUCAAUCCAACUUGCUGGAUGGUGCCAUCGAGCACAUACAACCUCACUGACUUGGAAACUGACGACAAGGCAUUCUUAUAUCUUGUCCCUGGAAUUACCGAAACCUUUGUCUGUCCUAAUGGCACUCGGAAAAAUCUUUCGCAAUCCUUGGGAGAGGCCCGGGACGAAUCACCAGAAAGUCCGUAUACUUGUAACAAAUCCUGCAACUUGGGAUUCCGGCAAAGUGACGCUGAAGCCGCCACCACCAAAUUUCGGACCUAUGCCUAUGGGAAGUAUUCCGUAGAAAAGGAACAUUUCGUCUACUUCUCCAUGAAAAGAUGCAAAUAUGCUUGGGUACAAGUGCCCACCGAAGUCAACUUAACUUUCAGUCGAGGAGAGUAUUUAGAUCCUGGCAGUCAAAACAGAAAAUGGAUGAGAAUCUCUCAUCCAAAAUCGGAGUGGUUGGAUCCGUGGUUCACGUUGUUGCUCCGACCAUUCGGUCGACUUCCCUUGGAAGCGUUCGGGGACCCAGGCCGGGAAGACGAAGUACUCAACGACACACACCACUUGUACGGAUUCCUAGCCGCUCAACUUGCAAACCUUGAGAACCGAAUCGACAUUACAAACUAUUCAAGGGACGGAUCUCAGCCAUUCCUUCCUGAUACCAACACGGCCAUUGCCAACCUCACUCGUCGCCGCCUAGUCCAGAACUCGAAAGUAACAAACGCCAUCAUUGGAAUACUGUCAUUGACAGCAAUCUCUCAAGUUCUCAUGUUGAUAUCCAGUGCGUUCAAGCCUCUCAGGAAUUCACGGCUCUUCAACAUGAAGGUCAAAGGCCUGGCGCCAGACGGAUACAACAGCAUGGCCGCCACGAAGGCUUUACUGCAAGACUCAAACGCAAUGCACCAUCUCCCCGAAGGCGCCGAACUAAUGUCCAAGGAGAACCUCCACCGCGAACUAUCUGGUCUGCGAUUUCGAAUGGGUUGGUUCUGGCGCGAGACUACGCAGACGCGGCACUACACCAUAGGCGUUCUGGAUGACGAGGACUUUGAGUUUUUGGGGAACAAGGAUGAGAUUGCGAAGGAAGAUGCGUUGUUGAGACAUCCUCCUGAAUGA